AUGCUUGAUGCAAGACUUGGCGUUCUACACUUGAAUCAACCCAACCCGGAAGCAAAUCAGCGUCAAAGACAGAACCAGGAGGAACCAGUGCAAGACGACGAGACCAGGCAGUACUAUAGCUACAGUUCUUCACACAGCAGUCAGCGGAGGCGUCGACGUGAACGUCCAGUACCAAGAGAUCCGUUGGGAGGUCUUAAGUGCAAGAUCCCUGCCUUUCAUGGAACCAGCAACCCGGAUGCCUACUUGGAGUGGGAGCAGAAAAUCGAAUUAAUCUUUGUGUGUCAAGAGGUCAUCGAGGUCAACAAAGUUAAACUUGCUGUUACCGAGUUCUACGACUAUGCUCUAAGUUGGUGGGAUCAGCUUGUUACCAGCCGCAGACGUACCGGAGACAUGCCAAUCGAUACAUGGAACCAGCUGAAAGCCGUCAUGCGAAGAAGAUUUGUGCCAAGUUAUUAUCACCGCGAUCUUCAUCAACGUUUGAGGAACUUAGUUCAAGGAAGCAAGACCGUCGAAGAGAACUUCAAGGAAAUGGAAACCCUAUUGCUAAGAGGUGAUGUUCACGAAGAUGGAGAAGCUAUGAUGUCACGAUUCAUGGGAGGUUUCAACCGCGAAAUCCAAGACCGUCUAGAAACCCAGCACUAUGUGGAAAUUGAGGAGAUGCUUCACAAAGCAGUCAUGUUCAAACAGCAAAUCAAGAGGAAGAACUCUCGAUCCAGCUACAGCACCGCUAAGACCAGCUACAGCUCAGGGAUAGGUAUUGGAGCUGUUUUGAUGCAGGAUCAUAAGCCCAUAGCUUUCUUCAGUGAGAAACUUGGAGGAGCUACACUCAAUUAUCCGACCUACGACAAAGAGCUUUACGCUUUGGUCCGAGCCCUACAAAUGUGGCAACACUAUCUCUGGCCGAAGGAGUUUGUCACUCAUACUGACCACGAGUCUCUUAAUCACCUCAAGGGUCAACAAAAGCUCAACAAACGUCAUGCGCGGUGGGUCGAAUUCAUUGAAACAUUCCCAUAUGUUAUCAAGUACAAAAAAGGUAAGGAUAAUGUCGUUGCCGACGCAUUAUCUCGCAGGCAUAAAGCAAUUCUUGUCUCGUAG